UCACCCACUCCUAAUACCACAACCAUGGGCUUUAGAGACAGACUCGAUCUUAAGAUCAUCACAGAUAUCGUGUUUUUCACGGCAUCGUCGCUCUCGAUCUACUACUUGAUCAACCAUCUCGUAAACUCGGGCCCUGACGGCGGGUCGAAGGAGUCGAAGAAGAAGGCGUCCAAGACGUUACAAAAACUCAAGGCGGCAAACCCCGGCGCCACCCUCGACUUGAACGAAUAUGAAAAGACAGUGUUGGCCAGCGUGGUCACGCCCGACGAGAUCAACGUCGGGUUUGCGGACAUCGGCGGGCUAGAGGACAUCGUGGACGAGUUGCGCGAGUCCGUGUUGUAUCCGUUGACGGAGCCAGACUUGUUCUUAGCACACUCUGAGUUGUUGCAGCCGCCAAAGGGCGUGUUGCUCUAUGGGCCGCCCGGGUGCGGCAAGACGAUGCUCGCCAAGGCGCUCGCGCGCGAGUCAGGCGCGACGUUCAUCUCGAUCCGCCUCUCCUCCAUCAUGGACAAGUGGUAUGGCGAGUCGAACAAAAUCGUCGCCGCCAUCUUCACGUUGGCGGCUAAAUUACAGCCAUGCAUUAUCUUUAUCGAUGAAAUCGACUCCUUUUUGCGCGACCGACUGUCGACCGACCACGAAAUCACCGCCAUGCUCAAGGCCGAGUUUAUGACGCUCUGGGACGGGCUUCAGUCGUCCGGGCGCGUGAUUGUGUUGGGUGCGACCAACCGCCCGAAUGACAUCGACGGCGCCUUCAUGAGACGCAUGCCCAAGCGCUUUGCUGUGUCGUUACCGAACGCGCAGCAACGUCUACAGAUCUUGCGUGUGUGCUUGAGCGGCGCGGCGCUUGCCGCUGACUUUGACAUGAACUUGUUGGUGGAGGGCACCGCGGGACUCAGCGGCUCGGACUUGAAAGAGUUGUGCCGCAACGCCGCGAUGGCCGCUAUGCGUGAGUACAUCAAGCAGAACUUCCGUGACGGCAAGAAGAUUGACAAGGAUGAAAAGAAGAUCAACGUCAGACCGUUGCGCAACAGCGACUUUUUCGGCGAUCUGGCCAGCGACAAGUUGAUCCGAGGCAACAGGGUCGAGGGCGUCAUCCAGAGCACCCUCGACUAGCCCUUGUAAAUACGGAAUAUAUGCUAAUAGAGAACCUAGCGCUGUAAGGGUCGAGGUGAUGAAUUUACUAUCUCUCACCUGUGGUCUACAUGGGUGGUGCCAAGGGGAAACGUAGAUUAUCCGGUUCCCGAUAUAAGCGAUUUACUAGAAACACAGCCAUUGGUUGCAUUCAGAUUAACCAUUGCCAGUUAGCCCUAAAGGUGCAGAGUCAUAUUUAUCAGCAUCUCUGUGAUAUGACAAUUAUCCCAUGUUCAGGCGCACGUGCGAAAUCACGACAUUCAGGCCCUCAUGGCUUGCGAAAUCCAGGUGUACGGGG